AUGCUCCGCCUACUCUCCAUCCUCCUAGCCUGUUGCUGGCACAUCCUCAGCGCAGACUCCGCAGCAGUAUCCCACAUCUCCCGGUCCCAAUGCCAAUUGAGCGGCACCCAUUGUCCACCUGGAACAAUCAUCGUCUCAGCAACCGACCAUCGUGCAGACUACUCGACAGUCCAAAGCGCUAUCAACUCUCUUCCCCAUGACACAUCCUCUCACACGAUCCUCAUCCUCUCGGGCACUUACAAAGAACAACUCAACGUAACCCGCCCUGGCCCUCUGACCCUGCUAGGCCAAACCAAUUCUCCAGACGAUGCCACCAAAAACACUGUAACUAUCACCUGGGCCGCUGCCAAUCUAGACUCAACCGGCCAAAGCGUCGACAACGUCUACUCUAGCGUCCUCAUAGUCUCACCUACCCUCGACGCAAGCCUCACCGGCUCAGGAACAACCGGCUUCGCCGUGCCCGAUGAUACACCGUUUGGUAAUAAGGACUUCCGUGCCUACAACAUCGACUUUACGAAUACCUGGGCCGAGUACACCGACGGCCCAGCACACGCCCUCAGCUUUAGUCGCGCAAACGGCGGAUUCUACCACUGCGGAUUCUACUCCUAUCAAGACACGGUCUACAUCGGGAAGCUUGGAAAUGCCUACUUCUACAAAUCCAUUCUCGCGGGCCAAACCGAUUUCCUCUAUGGCUUUGGCACCGCAUGGAUUCAGUCCUCUGAUGUCCUUCUCCGAGGCUGCGGAGGUGGAAUCACAGCGUGGAAGGGAACGAACACCACCUUUGAGAAUAAGUAUGGCGUUUACAUUGUCGAUUCGACAGUGAAGGCGGCGAAUUCCUCUAUCGCGCCCGAUAUCAAGGGGUCGUGUGCGUUGGGCCGGCCGUGGAAUUCGCAGCAUCGGUCUAUUUUCGCUGACUCGUAUGAGGACGGGAGUAUUGAUGCGAGUGGAUACAUCGAUUGGAUUGUCAGUGGGGUGGCGAGGUAUGAGAAGGGAAUUACGCUCAUGGCGGAGUAUAAGACUUAUGGACCCGGGUUCAAUGCGACUGGGAGACGGGAUGGGAAUGUUACGACAGUCUUGGACAAGAAGGGUUAUGCGCCGUAUAGUGAGCCGAAGAAAGUUUUCCAGAAUCAGACGGGUGAGUUUGGGGAUGUGAAUUGGAUUGAUUGGGAGACUGUUUCUGCUUAA